AUGGAAAAACAACUUUGGGGCCCCCUGGGGGGUGCCGGCGUGGAGGUGGAGGUGUCCGCUAGGGCCCAGCUGUCAAAAAGCAGUGGGGCGUGGGGGGCAGAGACGACUGGGCAGGGAAACGCCGAGGAAAGGGCGCGAACUUUAUUUCGACUGCUGCGAACCUCGGCGUCGCUUUUCUUUUCGGGCAGUCGCCGGUCUCGGUCCCCUUUGACCAGUUCCUACUCGCGAGCCGCCGCCGCCGCCCCCUCCUCCUUUCCCCUUCCCCUCCUCCUUCGUGCCCGUCGUGCUGCCCCGCACCCGGAUCAGUCCGGGUCCCUGCUCGCUGUCGGGGAGAAGGGAAGGCAGGCACAGGUUUCGAGCAUAUUCCCUGAACACUUGAAAAUCAGAAUCGGCGGAGGCGAACACUUGGCUUGGCAGGACAGCAGGUCUGGUUACCGGUUUCCACUGAGAAGAGAAAAUCAUCCCUCCUUGCUUGCUCUCUUCCCCGAAGUAGAGGAAGAGACUGCCCAAUUGCAUUCAGAGUACGAAGAUCAACUCAGUGAGAUGGGGCAAGAGAAGCGCCAUCAACGAAGCCCAAAGAAAGUUCGUAGAAGAGUUCCCUGGUGGCUCAGCAAGUUAAGGAUCCAGCGUUGUCACUGCUGUGGCUCAGGUCACCGUGGUUCAGGUUGCUGCAGUGAUCAUUGACCCGGAAUUUCAACCUGCUAUGGGUAUGCCUCUCCCCCCCAAAAGAGAAGAAGGACUUGUGGGAAAUCCAAGGAAAUGAGACUGUUCUGGUUCAAGAAAUAACUAGGAAGUGGUGUUUGAGAUGGGCCUAGAAAGAUGACAACAGGCAGAGGGAUUUCCAGGUGGAGGAAAAUAAAUGUGAGAAGAAAGAAUGUGCAGGAAGCAAUAAGUAUUUAUUUGGGAUGGGGAAAGGCAGUUAGUACAUGGUGAAAGCAGUUGUUCUCAAAUCUGGCCACACAACUGAAUUAAUUGGGGACCUUUUAAUAAAAACACAGGUUUCUGGGCUCCUUACCAGACCUUGUGAAUGAAAAUUUUCAAGAAUGAAGGUCUAUGUUAGGUUGUGCUUUUUUAAAAAAAUAUGCAUAUAUUUUAGUUCUCUAAGUGAUUCGAAUGUGCACCUAGGCUUAGAAAUCACUGGAGGAGGUUUUGCUAAACCCUGAAGAAUUAUGCCAUGAUCAGCCACACUGCCGAACUGUGUUUUCUAAACUUUAGUUUUAAAAAUCAAUUUAGUGAGUCUCGUUACGUACUUAAUUUUUUUUUGAUAUCAUAAUACAUUGUAUGCUGUAAGGGUAGGAAAUUUUUGUGAAAGAUUUGUUUCUGCUUAAGUAUGUGUUUGCUUAUGUAUAUGUCUUCUUGUUGCUUAUGCAAUGUAAAAGAUAUGUCUUACUGAUUUCUUCAGUCAAAGCAAAAAAUGGAAAGGGCUAAAUUACAGGAGAAGAUCGUAUUUAAUUUUGUUGGCAAUGGGGAGCCAUAGAAGCUUUUGAGCUGGGGAGUGACAGGACCAGAUUUACACUGGUGAAAAUUAGUAAGGCAGCAAUGUACAAGAUGGAUUGAAAUGAGGAAUAAAAGGAACGAGAUGUUAAUUAGACUCUAUAACCAUUAUUAAUUUUGAGUCAGACUGAUUAAAACACAUUUAAGUUCUAAAAUUAUUUGCAUUUCUAAUUAACAUAACAUUUUAAAAAUGUUAAGCCAGAAGGCACCUCAGGAUUGGGUCAGGGCUUCCAGUUAUUAUGAACAGUGAUUAUUACUGAGCCUCUAUUAGCCCAAAGGUUGUGAUUAAGUGAUACACCUCAUUGUAUGAACUCUAGAGGGAAAAAAAUGAGGAAAUACGUAAAGCUAUGUUGCAGACAAUUCAAAAAGUGGUAUUUAGUCUAGAGUAGUCAUCAAAUUAUGGACAGCGAAAGGAUUUGAACAGACUUCUCCACAGAAAAUGUGCAAGUGAACACAGGCACAUGGACAUCAUUAGUCAUCAGGGAAUGUAAAUUAAGGCCACAUUCAACACGUGCUACAACAUAGAUAAACCUGACGACAUUAUGCUUAGAGGAAGAAGCCAGUCGCAAAAGGAAAAAUACAAUAUGAUUCUGCUUAUUUAAGGUACUGAAACUGGUCAAACCCAUAGGGACAGAAAAUAGGGCCAGUGGCUGAGGGGAGACAGGAAUGUGAAGCUGUUGUUUUAACAGGUGGAGAGUUUUUGUUUUGCAAGAUGAAAAGAGUU